AUGACGAAAUGCUGGUACCCCAAAACGCACAACCAUAUCGCACCUUCUAACCACGAUGACAUUCGAGCCUACGACGACAGCGGGACGGUCAAGGAAGCUACGAUUUCGAGACAAUUCGGUGGGAACAGUGAGUCGCCCGUGUCUGCGGAGAAUGAGUGUUUUCCGGAUUUUAUGAUCGUGACGACUGAGAGUCUGGAUGAGGGAGGGGGCCUGGGAAUGAGAUCCUGA